AUGCUCUUAUUGCUGAGGCAAGUCUACGUUUCUGAGCAGGAUAUUGAUAACCAACGUAUUGUGUGGCGUGGGCACGCUUCAGAGCCAUUGCCCGACUACCGCCUUCUAAGUGUGAUUUAUGGGGUGGCCGCAGCCUCACACCUCGCCGUGAAGUCGCUACACCGCGCAGCAUUGGAUGCAGGCAACGUCUAUCUGAAAUCCGCUGAAGUUAUUAGGUCUGACUUCUACAUGGAUGAUUUCCUCACCGGUUCGGAUUCACUCCAAGAGCUAUCAUCGCUUCAAAGGGAUGUUUCUCUCGUGCUCUCUCAGAGCGGAUUCGAGCCCCGAAAGUGGGCAACGAAUUGCCAACCGUUAAGAGAUCAAAUACAGCAUGCGUCGAAGCAAAUAUCUCAUCUGCUGGCUGAAGGAAAUGAUAUCCGCACUCUGGGCUGUAUCUGGCAUAGAGACAACGACUCUCUCUCGAUCGCAUUUAAUCUGGACGAGCUGCCGAUAAAGCUAACAAAACGCGUGUGCCUCUCCGACUCGAGCAAAAUAUUCGACCCGCUGGGACUAAUUUCUCCUUGUACGAUUGGUUCUAAAAUAUGGCUGGAGAAGGUUUGGCGCUCGAAUGUGGACUGGGACGAGUUGGUACCACCUGGCAUAUCUAUCGAAUGGUUGACUCACAGACGGGAGCUAGCUGAACUUUCGUCGCUUAAACUAUGUCGCUGGAUUGACACUAGUUCCAUUGCAGAUGCUGAGUUCCACAUCUUCACAGAUGCUUCGGAAGCUGCUUAUGCGGCCGCUGUUUACUGUCGAACACUAACUUCCGUCGACGAUGUCAGUGUUGUGUUGCUUGCUGCGAAACCAAGGGUCGCUCCUUUGAAAACUACAUCGCUGCCGCGAUUGGAACUAUGUGCAGCCCAUCUGGGUGCGAAGCUAGUUCGGCAGGUGGAAUCAAGCUUUGGCUGCAGGCUCGAAAGGUUGUAUGAGUGGAGCGACUCAAUGGUAACGUUAGCGUGA